AUGAAAAAAUAUAAGACUCCGAAGUAUGUUGAACGAAAGACGGAGAAGAUUGGCUGUUCGUUUGAUCUCCUUAAAGAAAGCAUGAAGCCUACUCCAUAUUUUUGCAUUGAUAAUAUUGCUCAAAGUUCUGUGCACGUUGAAGAAGUUACCAGUCCGCUGAUAAAAGCCAUCGCAAUAUGUCAAGACAAAAAUGCUCGUUGGCAUGAAAACUUGGAAGACGUAUUUGUCGUAUUAGACAAUUAUGGGAACAGGGCAGGUACGUGCUUUCUUGGGGUUUUUGAUGGAAGCAAUGGAAUCUCUGCUGCAGAGACGACGUCCGUGGAACUUCCCGUUUUACUCCUUGACCAGCUUUCUCACGAAGAUCCCUCCUACCAGGUGAGUGAAGCUGGGAAAGAAUUCAUAGAUUCAUUCUGCACCGUCUUCAGGGCAGAUUACAAAGUAAGGGAGAGACUUUUCACCCAGAAGGGCGCCAGAGGUAAGAAGUCUUGGCCAGGUGAUUAUGAAUGGAUUCACAGAGCAUAUGCUAAGUCUUUCUGGCGUAUGGACAGGCUUUUGCGGCUCGGGAGAAACGAAGUUUCCAGAGUCUGCUGGAGCAGUUGUACAGCUGCCACCUGUAUAAUAGAAAAUAUAAGCAACGAAAAGGAAAGCCAACAAGAAGAAGAGGAGGAGAAAACACUUGAAAAGGUAACUGAUGAAGAGGAACAGAACGUCAGACAACAGAACGAGGAGGAGAUGCCUAAAAGGAUAUUCAUAGCAAAGAAAAAAGUUGACGCAGAGCAGGGAGUGGCUCUGCUUAUAACUAAGAAAGAGAGGGGCAGUGUCACAGAACAGCAGCCAGAGGAGCCACUUGGAGGAACCAACGACAAAAAGGAAAGCAGCACAGUAGAGUCAGAAAACAAUGAGCAGGUUGCCAAUAAUAAGGAUGUGAUUCAGGAAGAGAAUCUGCUUGAAAGCAAGGAACAGCAGCAAGAAGAAUCACUUGAAAGAACAGAUGAUCAUGCCAGAGAGGCAGGAGACAAUGUGCAGAUUGCUGAUCAUAUAGAUGAGAGCCAGGAAGAGGGUUUGCUUGAAAACAUGGGACAGCAACAAGGAGAGUCACCUGAAAGAACAGAUGAUCACAUUGGAGAACCAGGAGACACUGUGCAUGUUGCUGAUCAUAUAGAUGAGAGCCAGGAAGAGAGUCUUCUUGAAAACAUGGGACAACAGCAAGGAGAGUUGUCUGAAAGAACAAAUUAUCACACUGAAGAGCUAGGAAACACUGUUCAUGUUGCUGAUCAUAUAGAUGGGGGCCAGGAAGAGGGUCUCCUUGAAAACACGGAACAGCAGCAAGGUGAGUCUUCUGAAAGAACAAAUGAUCUCACCGCAGAGCAUGUGGCAGAUAGCAUAGAUGGGAGUCAGGAAGAGGAAGAGCUUAAAGGCGACAAUAGUUCUGCACCGACAGAAGAAAAAUUUGGACUCAUGCAUAUUGCUAAUAUUGGUAUGUAUGGAAUGUAUGUUACCAUUUCCCACUACCCUACCCCAUUUUAAAAUUUUGGCCUGUUAGUUUUGAAUGAUACAGCAAGUGCCUGCAAUUUAAUUCAAUACUGCAUAGCCUUGGGUCCUAACUCACUCUCUCUGGAGCGUCUUCACCUCCAUCGUUCUGCCCGGACACUGAGGUCCAGCGCCGAGGACCUUCUGGCGGUUCCCUCGCUGCGAGAAGCCAAGUUACAGGGAACCAGGCAGAGGGCCUUCUCGGUAGUGGCGCCCUCCCUGUGGAACGCCCUCCUACCAGAUGUCAAAGGGAAAAAUAACUACCAAACUUUUAGAAGACAUCUAAAGGCAGCCCUGUUUAGGGAAGCUUUUAAUGUUUAAUAGAUUAUUGUAUUUUAGUGUUUUGUUGGAAGCCAUUCAGAGUGGCUGGGGAAACCCAGCCAGAUGGGCAGGGUAUAAAUAAUAAAUUAUUAUUAUUACUAUUAUUAUUAUUAUUAACAGAAGGGCUCUUUCCACUGGCAGAGGAAAUCGGGCUCCAGCAUAGGUUUUUGCCUGAGUACAGGGUGGCGUGUUUUGGUUUUUUUGUGUUUUUUUUGUCUCUCACCCCACUCUCUAGAGCAGAUUUUCCCUCCCUUUUAAGCAAAGGGGCUUAUGAAAAAAGGGGAAAGGGGAUAUGAACAAAGAAUGUCACACAGACCUUCCACACGGUGGGAGUAUCUUAUUAGCAGAAUUCCAUUCGCAGAAUAUUCUCGCCAGCAGAACCUUAGGAUCUACCGUAAGUCAACAUUUGCAAGAUGAAGCACUUUUCAACUAUCUCAGCACCAAAAAAAUAAAGAGUGGGAAAAAGACACGUCAAUAUGGCAUGCAAUAAUUUUGAAUAACAGAUAUCUUCUUUAAUGGGAUUGUUCUCACCUAAACUUUGAACUGAAAUAGGAACAAUAAGUCUGUAUUCCUAAACUGUAACAAGCUUCCCUUCCCAAAUAUUUUUUUUGUCAUUGGUCUGUUCCUUUGUUAUGUUCAACAAACACAAUCUCUCAGCAAACCAUAGUUUAGCCAGUUCCUAAUUCAGAUGCAAUAGACUAUUGUUACAGACAGGGUAUGUGCAAAAUGGAUCAUCACGUGAAAAACAGAUACCAUCUAUCUGUCUUAGCUAUAUUUACAAAUGCCUUGGAGAAGUCAGAUGGCUAAUGGCUCUUUUUUGGGGGGAAGAAAUAAGACCUGGCAGGUUGGACAUACCCCUUCAGUCAAUUUAUCUCCUUUUUAACGUUUUCCUUUUCCUCAUAUGAGAAAACCAGCCUCAGUCGAAGAAACAUCAGCUUAUUUAGGAACCAGAAGGUUGAUCACUCAUCUGUGGAUAUGGGGAGUAGAAAUAGCUGUGAUAUUAUGUGUGAACUGGGUUGUUGACUUGUUGAAAGAGGGGGGAAAUACUAUUGGUAAAAUCCUAUCAAAUGCAUUUCAUGAAAAACUGCUUAGCUGAAAUCCUCAGUAAUUUAAGCAGAAAUACUGACGCAAGCUUAUGGUAGGAAGAUUACCCUUCCUGCCAACCCUUGUAUUUUAAUUUGUAUCUCUCAUAAACCUUUUCUGUCAGAUGUCACAAGGAACAUGCCCACUUUACUUACAUAAUUGCUUCAUUCUUUUAUUCCAUAAUUGUAUUCAUCAUUUGCAGCUGUAGAAAUGGUGAAAUUCCAUGAUAGGGAUAAUUAGGAAAGGGGUUGAAAAUAAAACUGCCAAUAUAUUAAAGCUGUUAUACAAAUCUGUGGUGUGGCUGUACUUGGAAUACUAUAUACAAUUCUGGUCACCACACAUAAAAAGGAUAUGGUAGAGCUGUAAAAGCUUCAGAAAAGGACAACGAUGACGGGGAUGAAUCAACUGCCGCAUGAGGAAAGAUGAUGAUGAUAUUUAUAUGCCACCCAUCCUACUGGGUUGUCCCUGCCACUCUGGGCGGCUUCCAACAAAAUAUUAAAAUACUGUAAUACGUCAAACAUUAAAAGCUUCCCUAAACAGGGUGGCCUUCAGAUGUCUUUUUAAAGUCUGGUAGUUGUUGUUCUCUUUGACAUCUAGUGGGAGGGUGUUCCACAGGGUGGGCGCCACUACCGAGAAGGCCCUCUGCCUGGUUCCCUGUAACUUGGCUUGUCGCAGUGAGGGAACCGCCAGAAGGCUCUCAGCGCUGGACCUCAGUGUCCGGGUAGAACGAUGGGGGUGGAGACGCUCCUUCAGAUAUACAGGACCGAGGCCGUUUAGGGCUUUAAAGGUCAGCACCAACACUUUGAAUUGUGCUCAGAAACAUAAGGGAAGUCCCCCCCACCCACCUCCAAUCAUACUACAGUGGUUUACAACCAUCCAUUCUGGAGGUCCGGUUGUAAACCAAAACAGGUUGUAACCCAAGGCACGCUUUCGCCAAUGGGGCCUCAAAAAAAAAACACACAAAAAAACAAACGGGUUGCAAUCCAAAAAAAGGGACAUGCACUUCCAGGUUGAUGUGUUUGUAAUCCAAAAUGGUUGUAAUCCAAAAUGGUUGCAAACCAAGGUACCACUGUACAACCCAGGGUUAUCUAUUGGACUGACAAAAGGAGGUACUUCUUUACACCGUACUAGGGUUGUCAUAUGUCUGGAAUUUCCUGGACAUACCCGGAGUACUGAAGCCAGAAGCAGUGUCUGGGCAGAAAUCAGCUAAAUGUCCAGGAAAAUCUGGACGUAUGGCAACCCAUGUCAGCAGUGUCAUUUUUGCCAAUUUCCCUUAAAAAUAGCUCAAAAACUUCCUGUUAUUUCAUUAUUUUUUUUUAGCUUUUGCCCAAAAGCUCAGCAACUGUCUGGAUUUCCACUUCUUGAUAUAUGGCAACCUUGUACACAGUACAUAACUGUAAUAUGUAGUACUGGUCACCAACUUGGAUGGCUUUAAAAUGAGUUUAAACAAAUUCGUGGAGGUUAAAGCUAUCGGUGGCUACUAGCUAUUAUAUCUCUCUACUACCUCCAAUUCCAGAGGCAUUGUUGGGGAGCGCAAGUGGAGAGAGUUGCUUUUACACUCAUGCCGUUCUUUUGGGUGGCCACCAUGAGAACGGGAUGCUGAACUGAAUAUCAAAGCCUUUGGCUCUUCUUAAAUGACUGCUGCCGCGUCUUAUGGACAUAACCUCGGCUCCAAAGAGAUAAAUAUUUGCGCUUGACUCAAAAUGAUCCAGAGUCUUUUACUACCUGAGUUCUAAAUCCAGUCUGUUGAAAAGUUGCCCUCUAAGAUCCAACAUGUUUUACUUGCACACACUUUCAUUUGGAACCAGAUAUUAUUAUUUUUGAACAAAUGAGAUAUUUUUUUGGCAGUGACUGGCAUCUGGGAGGUAUCCAGCUAUAGAUGUGACAGAAGCUGCAUAGCAGACAUGGAAAACAGCAGCCCUAAUGAUCUCAUAAUUUUCAGGGAAGACAAGUGUAGCUACUAGGCGUGAUGCCUUUGCUCUGCCUCCAUAGAUGAAGUAAUGCUUCUGAAUACCAGUUGCUGGAAGCACAGAAGAGGGGAGUGCUAUUGUGCAUGGGUCCUGUUUGCCCACUUCCCACAGCCAUAUACCUGAAGGAGCAUCUCCACCCCCACCAAGGGCCUUCUGGUGGUUCCCUCCCUGCGAGAAGUGAGGUUACAGGGAACCAGGCAGAGGGCCUUCUCGGUAGUGGCGCCCGCCCUGUGGAACACCCUCCCAUCAGAUGUCAAGGAAACAAACAACUAUCUGACUUUUGUAAGACAUCUGAAGGCAGUCCUGUUUAGGGAAGUUUUGAAUGUUUGAUGUUUUGUCGUGUUUUUAAUAUUCUGUUGGGAGCCGCCCAGAGUAGCUGGGGAGGCCCGGCCAGAUGGGCGGGGUAUAAGUAAAUUGUCAUCAUCAUCAUCAUCUAGGUGUCCACUGAGAACAGAUUGGCUUGAUCCAGCAAUCCUUAUAUCUAAUUGUACAAAGCCUAUUGCCAUGUCACUGUACUGCACAUUUGUCUCCCCUCAUUGGACACUGAGAAUCUCCAUGCAAUUGUGAUCCGACAGAAGUGUAUGUGGUGUUAGGGGAGGGGUAGUACCUCUGGUGAGGGACACACCGUGCUCCUUCUAGGGUAGUUUGUCCACCUUUGGUCCCUACCCUCCACUCAGCUCUCAUCUGUGACUCAUAGAAGCUGUCAGCAUGUGGCAGUGGCCACAUCCUGGGAAUGACUUUGACUGGAUGUAGGCAAGGGCUCUCAAACCCUCAGCGAGUUAAGGACAUCCCUUGCAUGCGAAGACAGGUUGAGCAGAGACCAAUGGUCAAGAAGGUGGUUUCUGCACGGGCCGCAGAGGGAAGUGAGGGGCAGAUGGGGCUCAUCAAGCUGGGAAGGCAGCCCAUCUAGGAAAAGGAAAACUGAUCCUAAACUUCCGCUGCCUUGCGUGGUAUUUUUGGGAGAAGGCUAAGGAAUAAACACAAAUCUGGAGCGCAGUGCCCAAUAUGGUUGGAUAGUGCCUUGCACGCCUCCUUCUGACAACAACUGCAGCCAGGUUGGUGCCAAACGUAUAGCUGUGAUUUCCUUUGGACUACAUCAGAGAGGGCGAGAAGGGGGUCUUGUUGUCUGGGCAGCCCAGGACGACUUCCAUACACACUGCCUGGAGAGGUCACUUCGGUGCUGCUAACACAGUGGUUUUGACUUCACCCCUAGAAGUGCGCUCCACUGUCUCUUGAGACAGAUGGAUGCAAACUAUUUUGCACAACUAAAACAGCCUUCCCCAAAUGUGUUCCCUCCAGGUGCCUUACACUACACAACUCCCAUCAUCCCUAAGCAUUGGGACCAUGCUGUCUUGAGCCAGUGGGGUGUUUUAGCUUAAUGCAUCUGGAGAAUAUCAGGAUGGAGAGAGCCUUACUAGAUAUUGCCAGUGGAACUUGCUCCAGCCAUGUUUGCAUCUAGGGUACUGCAAGAUGUACAAAUGAUUUGAUCAGGAAAAUCCACCACCACUCUUCCCAUUUUUCUUCUCCAACUUCACACUUUCUAUGCUUCUCACAGGCCAACCAAUAAGCACACCCAGUCCUCAUGGGGCUAUUUGAGCUUUUUGCUAUUUUGGUUUUGUAAACGGAUGUGACAUUUCUACAUACUUCAUGGCUCUCUUCUAAUAUGCCAGUACACCCUCAUUUCUUAGCAGCCCUGUUUUGUAUCCAAACCUAUCGGCAUUGAACCACCCGAGUUUGCUAUUCGUCAAAAUGGUAAGAUGGAUCAAAUUUGCCACUUGCGUCCCACGGGCUCUCACUGUCUAGUUUCAGCCUAUGGAUGUAGUAAUUUAGGUCUGUAGAAAGUGGCACUUGACUUGGAAUCGUGGGAGAAGGGUAGGUAAGAUAAACUGAGCACUUGGAACUCAGCUAGACUUGUAAAGAAAAAGUGAUUUAUAUGCGUUGUAUGUGCGAUAUAACAUUGUGCCACCAGAUGGUGACACAAGAGGCCCGUUUUUCUCUACCUGCUUUCCCUGUUUAAAUUUACAAUGCUUUGAACUGAAAUGCUUCUUUGAUGUGCCUAGAAUCCAGCUUUAGACUGGUUAUCUCCAUGAAUGAUGAAAGAUGGCAGAACAUGAAUUGUGUAUAGAAUCUGCACAGCAUAACGUGUAGAGGAAAAGCAACAGCUGAAGUUUUAAGUGCUUUCAAAGAUCAAUUCAGUUACGUUAUACAGUGAUAAGUUGUGUGUGUGUUUUUUAAUUGUAGGCAAUGUUCAUGCUGUUUUAUGCAAAAAUGGGAAAAGCUAUUGGGUUACUAAAGAACACAGCACUUAUUCUAGAGAAGAAAGGAUCCGUGUUCUUAAGAAUGGUGGCUGUAUCAGCAACAAUGAACCCAAAGGACUGAUAGAAGGACUUAUCAAAAGCACUCGGGGCCUUGGCCACCACGGCAAUCCAAAGCUGAAAAAUACUGUCAUUCCUGUACCACAUACAAUCUCCUUUCCUGUUGACGAUUCAUGCCAAUUUCUUAUUUUAGCUUCUAAUGGACUCUGGGAAGUUCUGGAUAAAAGUGAAGCAGUACUAUUGACAUUAACAAUGUUUUCUGCUUAUCUGGAAAAGUAUCAGCGCUCCCAACUGAAGAAAGCCCGCAUGUCCAAAGGCUCCGAGUUACCUUCGAAUGAUUUGGAAACUGAAUUCUAUUCAUGGUAUUUAAAUAAAGAUUUUUUGGCAGAUAUUGACUUACAAAAUUUAAGGUCCUCAAGUAGCGUUGUGCAAGAAGAGAUGGUUCAGUCAGGUUCCUCAGCAGAGCAAGAAUCAGAAGCAGAGGAAGAAUCAGAAGCAGCGGAAGAAUCAGAAGCAGAGGAAAAAUCAGAAGCAGAUGAGGAAGAAGCCGCAGAAGAAGAAGCAGAGGAAGAAGCAGCAGCAGCAGAGGAAGAAGAAGAAGAAGAGGAGGAGGAGGAGGAGGAGGAGGAAGAAUCAGAAACCACUUUAGAAGUUUCUGGCUCAUGGGACUUAAGUGAUGAUACAACUCAUGAAAGCACAGAACAAACUCUAACCCCAGAGUUUGCGAUAAAUGUAGAAGAACCUGAACCUGAAAGUUCUGAAUCUUCACAAAUAUCAGAAGAUUCAGAAAUCAAUUCCAGGACAUUUUAUGCCCUUGCAGCUAAGUAUAUUAGUAAGCACCUUGUAGAAGCUGCACUAAAAGCAGGUUCCAGAGAUAAUAUUACUGUUCUGAUAGCACUCUUAAAUGGAUGUGAUAAAAUACCCACUUAUAUUUAG